AUGCUGUCAUAUCUUGCGGGCUUGGGGCCAGACCCUUGUUUUGAGACUCAAAACCCAAAACCGACAACUCAAAACCCUAAGGGGAUUCAGCUUUGGACAGGCAGCCCGGAUGUCUUCGCCCAUACGCUGCAGUUCACGGGCGAUGCCGACAGUCUGCGGGGGGGCGAGAAAGUGACAUUUGACACGGAGUGGGACGAGCGCAAGCAGAAGACGAGGGCCGUGACGUGGCAGGUCGACUUCAGCGCAGGGGCUGUGGCCAUGAGAACCGGUCGCCUCCAAAGGUUCUUUGCCGAAAAGGGAUUUGGCUUCAUCCAGGCAGACGAGGGCGGCGAUGAUAUCUUCGCGCACUCGCGCCAGUUCACCGGAGGAGAUCCCGACAUGCUCAAGGAAGGAGAACGCGUGCUCUUCGAAGCGGAAUGGGAUGACAAGAAGAAUAACAACAAGGCGGUGAGGUGGUGUCUGGAGAGUGGCGGGCCUGGCUUCGCGCAGCAGCAGGGCGGCGGGUGCUACGGUGGCCAGAGCUUCGGUGCCCCUUCCAACUUUGGCGGUCCUGCGCCGGGUCCUUAUGGGCCUAUGGGGCAGCAGCCAAACGACCCGCGCUUCUCACCCUACGGUGGCGGGCCAGGGGGCUUCCCCCAGCAAGGCUGUGGCGGCCCGUGCGGUGGUGGCCCAGGUUUCGGCGGCGGCCCGGGACCGGGCGGCGCGGGGCCACUACCUCCGGGCUGGGAGCAGGUCACCGACCCAAGCAGUGGGCGGCCGUACUACUGCAACCGCACCACCAACGAGACGCGCUGGGAUCCGCCCCCGGCCGGCCCGACGCCCGGGCCCAUGGGAGGCGCUCCAUCUGGCCUACCCCCAGGAUGGGAGCAGGUCACCGACCCAAGCAGUGGCCGGCCGUACUACUGCAACCGCAGCACCGGGCAAACCAGCUGGGAUCCGCCGCAGGGAAACAUGGGCGGCCCAGGUGGGGCGCCUGGCGGCCCAGGCUGGGAGCAGGCCAGCGACCCCAACAGCGGCAAGACCUACUAUUUCAACAGAGCCACCAACGAGAAGAAGGAUUAUGGGUGCUUGCCGAGAGCGCUGGAGAAGACUGCAGUAAGUAAGCGCGGCACCUCCUCCUUCAGCCCCGCGCGCCGGAAGCAGGGCCGCGCCACAGCCGGGCUGCUCGCUUCGCCCGUGUUGCCGCAGUGCCGGCUGCUGCUUUGGCGCCGGGACGUGGACCACCGCCACGUGGAGGUCAAAGUUGCCUGGCGGGGGGCGCGGCUUGUGGUCCAGCUGCGGCGCUCGCCCGACACAGAGUGGGAGGAGGUGGAGGUGGAGCUCACAGAGGGCCUGGAGGUGAGAGGGCUUCGCGCGGAGCAAGAUCACCUGUGCCUCCCGCUGGCGGCCGAUGCUCCAUGGAAAGCUCCGGCCGAAGGGCACGACCUGUCCGGCUUCGAUUCCUGGGAGCUGCGCUGCCGCAGCUGCCGGGAGCAGCUGCUUCGACCAAGGGCCGCUGGGGAGGCGGAGUUGCAGGCGCUUCUGCUGCCCUCCACGCUGUGGCAAGCAUGCGCCGAGGUCGUGGCCUGUGAAGAGUGCACGCCGAUGGGCCAAGGCCAUGUGGCUGCUCAGCCGGGCCGCCUCUUGAUGGAGGCGCAGAGCCUCCUCCUGGCCGCAGGCGACCUCACUGGCGCCGUGCUGGCCGCGAAUGGUCAAGGCUUGGUCCGUUGCACCUGCGGCGCCGUGCUGGGUGAGGGGCCGCCGGCAGUUGGAACCAGGCGCCGCGAGGGGCUGUGCAGCGCGGGCUACAGCCGGCGCUGUGCAGCGAGGGGCGUGCUGCUGUAUAAGCACCGUACAUCCCUGUUUGGCGAUGCCAGCUCCGAGGAUCUUUUCGCUGCGUUCACAGAGGAGGGUGCUGUCGCGGCCCACCUCCUAACAUUGAGGCAAGGAGAGGCUCCGGCGUGCAUCCGGGCUUAG